AUGCCCGGAACUGGCUCUAUCCUCAUUACUUUGGUUGGCAUCACUACGUCAGUGGGCUGCUACAUCGCGGACUGGAACGAAACCCACAUCUACAACCCAAGGUGGCCACCUCAUGCGAAAUUUCAUAAUGGGCAGACUAUGUCUCUGGGAAUGGUCCUUGGUCUGACGACUUUGUACUAUCUUUAUCGCCCAGCUACUUCCGCAGAGCUGAAGUGCCAUUAUCUGCAAACUUCAGUUUGGAUCGGCAGCCUGUACUGGAUUACUCAGCUUAGCGCCUUUUUUUAUCCGGGCUCAUUGGCGGUAGACCCUGAGUUCGGGCAAGGUGGACCACAGGUGUAUAUCUGCGCUGCAAUGUUCGCUAUGCUCUGCACCGGCUAUUGGAUGGAGAACAAGAAACUUAGGUCGCCGAAUUCAAGCAGUGAAUAUGCUCGAAAGAAGAACUGA